GCCGAUCGGAGGCCGCCUCGACCGACGGCACCGCAGUCGGCCCACCAUGCUGGCCCCGCAAGGACCCCACGACCUGCACGCGCCCAUCUCCAGGACGCAGCGAUACAAAAAGAUCACAAAGCCUCUUCUUGAGCGUCAACGCCGUGCGCGAAUCAACCGCUGUCUGGACGAACUGAAAGAGCUGGUGGUGUCCGCCCUGCAGACCGAAGGCGAAAAUGUCUCCAAACUGGAAAAAGCGGACAUCCUUGAACUGACCGUCCGCCACCUUCACCGCCUCCAACAAGACGCGCCCGCAGAGGAGCCGGUUGAAGGUCGCUUCGAGGCUGGAUUCAGCCAGUGCGCCUCUGAAGCCUGCCACUUCCUGCUCAGCUUGCCAGGACUUGACCCUCAGGUUUCACGUCGAAUUGUGGACCACCUUGGGCAGUGCGCGGACGGCCUGCGUCAACCUGUGGCUCAGCAGCCAGAGCAGCAGCAAAUGUGGCGGCCAUGGUGAGGCCGUAUUUGCAGCGGCGCCUCUUUUUCUCCUCAUUGAUCUCGUCAUGGGAAGCGAGCAGCGACUCACGUCCGUCCGCGGCCGCCUAACGAGCAGCCCCGAUUGAUUUCUUGCUUCUCCCCAUCGCCGGCCGCAAGUCUGCGGUUUCCCUCGUCCAUGUUGACACAGAGCUUCAUUAUAUAUAAGAUUUUUUUCUCAUUCCACUUUUCUGAUGUUCGCCGCACUUCUCUCAUUGUAUAAGAAGGAAAAAAUAAAUUAAGGAAAUGAAUGUAUUGUACAUAAACUAAUUUGUAGGAAAUAAAUAAAGAGUGAUAUUGAUAUUUUUAUAUUCGAUUCAAUUUA